AUGUCCUUCUAAUUUCAAUAACCUAAAUUUCAACCUAAGAAUUUCGUAUAUGCAUCAAAUUAAGUAAAUUUAGAAAAAUCACUAUAUUUAAUAGAGAAACUUAUUGCUAAAGAGAAUUAGACGCAUUAAUCAAAUGUAUAUCAUUUUGAAGAUUUUCUUAACCAUAUGAAACAGUUCUUCAAACAGAUUGCAUUAAUGGGUAUUUGCAUUUUACAAAUAGCUAGGUUGA